AUGAGUUCCACACUCUCAUAUGUACUCCCGCAGGGGAAGGCAGCAAAAGGAAUCCAUCUCAAGGCAGAGCAAGAUGCGUUUUGGGGCCGAAGACGCAGCAUCGCGCCAAUUUCUGGUGCGCUGAGUGCGAUUGCUCUUCUGAUUGCCACGCCGUCGGUUGUGAUCGCGUCUUGGGUGACCAUCGAACAUUUUGAUGGGAGCGUCUUCGGUAUGCUAUCUAUGUUGUGGCGUAGCGGGAUUGUGGCUUUCGUCCGCCGAUAUUUCCCCAGCCCAACAAUAGACACCUUGGUUGUAUAUCUUGGCUGGAUUGCAGCCCAGGCAUUCCUGCAUACAUCGCUCCCAGGAAAGUACUACACAGGCCAGGCGACCCCGGGAGGGAAUGUGCUGGUGUAUAAGAUCAAUGGCCUCAUCACCAGCAUCGCCAUGGUCAUCGUCUUUGUAAUGUCUGGAGUGGCCGGGAUAGUGGAUUUGGCCUGCAUUGCGAAAGCAUGGCCAGGGUUUCUCCUGGCUGCGGUUAUCUACGGAUACCUGGUCAGCAUGGCCAUGCAUCUGAAGGCAUGCUUUGCCCCAUCCUAUAGACAGGACACGAGGUUCAGUGGGUCUGCUAUUCAUGACUUCUUCAGCGGUUGCGAGUUAAACCCCCGCUGGGGUCCUGAUUGGGACAUCAAACUGUUCCAUAUUGGGAGGCCUGGAAUGGCCGGGUGGCUGAUGAUGUACAACUCCCUUGCGCACUUAGGGAAUGCUAUACCCAAGCUGACUAUUUCUGGCAGUGACAUAUCCUUCGCCGCACUGCACGCUGAGCUGCAUGGCUCGAUUUCAAACAGCAUGAUCGUUGUUCUUCUGCUACAUGGGGUUUACAUUGUCGAUUUCUUCUGGAACGAGUCCUGGUAUCUUCGAACCAUUGACAUCCACCAUGACCACUUCGGAUUCUACCUCGCCUGGGGCUCAGCCGUGUGGCUUCCCGUGAUGUAUUCACUCAACGCCCAAUUCCUAGCGUAUCACUCUAUCCAUCUUUCCUUAGUGAAUGGGAUCCUCAUCCUGGCGCUUGGAAUAAUAGGAUAUGCCAUCUUCAGAUCAGCCAACAACCAAAAGCUCCGUGUUCGCCUGACAGACGGAAACUGCAUGACAUUCGGCAGAGUGGCGGAGGUCAUUCGGAGCUCAUACAAAACAUCUGAUGGCGUCACCCAUAAAUCCCUUCUUCUGUGUUCAGGCUGGUGGGGAUAUGCACGCCACGCAAACUACACGGGUGAUAUUUUGAUGGCGUUUGCGUUCUGCGCACCCUGCGGAACAACCCAUUUAUUACCCUGGACUUAUUUCAUCUAUCUAUCGCUUCUGCUUAUCAACCGGUGUUUUCGAGAUGAGGCCCGGUGCCGCGCGAAAUACGGCGAGGAUUGGAAGAAGUACUGCCAGAGGGUUAAAUGGAGGUUCUGCCCUGGAGUCUUUUGA